CGAUAUGGACCAAGACCGUUUACAACUUGUAACUUGUAAUGAUUUAUAACGAGGGAGUGUAUCAAAGUUUCUAUUUUAGGGAUAGUUUGAAAUUUUAUGACAAUAUCCUGGAUGAUAUAUUUAUUUUCGAUUCAAGUCCAUGUCAAGACUUUUACUUUACAAACGAAGGGCAUGGGGAAAUCGUUUGGGUAAUGACGUUUGAUGGUGUAAAAAGUGUGAGACUUUGCAAUGUUUUUUUAGUCUAGACUGUCCAGUCUUUGGAAGGUGAAUGAAAAAGUCACUUUUGACAAACAGUUUCAACAUUCUUAUGCUGUGAUAUCAAUCAUUCUGAGGUAUCGUCAACGAGGAUUUUUGGAUAUUAUUUUGAAGGAUGGAGGGACUGAGGAGGUCCAAGACGGACAUCCGUCUGCCGAAGCACCAGGUCUAUAACAAAGAGUUAGAAGACUGCACCGAGAUGAGUCAACGACUCAACCUCACCCGGCCGCGACUGGGACGUCACACGGCACACGUCCGUCGACUUCCAACACAACGUGUGACUACGGCAGUCACAUGGUCACCCGACAUGCUCCCAACCGUCGACGAUGUGAAAUCUACCAGUACAUCUUCGGCAGAAAUCGACAGGGUAACAGGACAGUGCAGGCGGCGCCACCAUUUGACAAGUCACGAACUGUGCCGAAUUUUAGACAAUAACGGGAAAGGCGACCCGAGGGACACAGCGCAAGAGAUGAGAUUUCUACCGUUUAGAAAUCGGCGGACGGGAAUUUACCGAGACCCGGGCCUACAUCGCCACCUGAUCCAUCAGUCGAAAAAGGAUUGUCGGAAGGCGUUUGCGAAAGUUGCGAUAUUUUGUGAACAUGAAAUUGCUCGGCGUAUCAGUUCAGCUUCGGACCAAUAUCGUAACCGGUACCGGUAUCUUCAAUUUAUAGAUUUUUUGGAUGGGAAGGAGUCAAAUAAUGAUGAUGUUAUUCGAAGGAGAGAAACGGCAAAAGAACCGACUUUGAAUGGCGACCUGCCCGACGACCUGUGUAGUCGGAUUCAGAACUGGGUCCUAGAUUGCGAUGAAGCAGUUCAAACUGAAGGCUGGGAACUGGAAAAUGAACGAUUCGACUACAGCAAGUACAGGAGUGCCAAAGGUUUGGUAUCAUGAGCACUGACAGACUAACACCAAACAUAAGAUUGCCAUGGGUAUAGUGUCAUGGGCACUGACCCACAAACAUCAAACAUAAGGGUGAUGAAAGUUUGGUGUCAUGAGCACUGACAGACUAACAUCAAACAUAAGAUUGCCAAAGGUUUGGUGUCAUGAGCACUGACAGACUAACAUCAAACAUAAGAUUGCCAAAGGUCUGUUGUCAUGGGCAGAAACAUUAUAUUCCGAAAGGUUUGGUGUCAUGGGCACUGACAGACAAACAGCAAACAUAAGAUAGCAGUGGGUUUGGUGUCAUGAGCACUGACAGACAAACAUCAAACAUAGGAGUGAUGAAGGUUUGGUGUCAUGAGCGCAGACAAGCUCUAAACGGCCUGAACUUCUCUUUACGGCAUUUUAUAUUCUAGCAGAUUCGGCCAAUAACCUAGCUUCGCGAAAUCUGCAAAUAUAAACCG